AUGAUUCGAGAGUCGAGUGUGCCAGAUAGCAAGAAGAGAGAUCUUAUUCUGUUGAAACUAGAAGAUAGCGCGCACCAAGUUGUUCGCAUGCAAGAAAACGUUAAUCCGACGACGAUACGAGUGUAUAAACUGCCCAGCGCUGACUUCGGACACCAUACCGUAUCGAGAAUGGAUAACGGCCAAUAUGGGAACAAGCAUGACAUCCAUGCUGUUCAGAAAAAGAAGGUUAAAUGUUUCGGAUGUGGAGGACCACAUUUUAAGAGCGCUUGUCCACUUCUCAAACAGAUCUCCAAGAAACCGAAAAAGGCAGCACCACCGUCGUAA